UGAGUCGGGAGGAAGGCGCUGUGGCCCCCGCUCGCUCCCCGCUUGCGCUCCUGGGCAGGCGCGCGGAUAAAGAUGGCGAAGUGGGGGUAGCCGGCGCCCAACCCGGAGCGAUGGGGCGCACAGGUGGGACGGUCUUCGAGGCCUCCUGAGGUGGGCGCCGGGCUUUUCUCCGCGGCUCGUUUGAGCUGGCGGCCUCGGGCCGCUUCCUACUCGGUCGGACCACGGACUCCGCGGGGCGUCGCGGGCCCCGCCGAGAGCCGGAGGCAAUGGAUGAACAGAGCGUGGAGAGCAUUGCUGAGGUUUUCCGAUGUUUCAUUUGUAUGGAGAAGUUGAGGGAUGCACGCCUGUGUCCUCAUUGUUCCAAGCUUUGUUGUUUCAGUUGUAUCAGGCGUUGGCUGACAGAGCAGAGAGCCCAGUGUCCUCAUUGCCGUGCUCCCCUCCAGCUCCGAGAACUGGUGAACUGUCGUUGGGCAGAAGAAGUAACACAACAGCUCGACACACUUCAACUCUGCAGUCUCUCCAAGCAUGAAGAAAACGAAAAGGACAAAUGUGAAAACCACCAUGAAAAGCUUAGUGUAUUUUGCUGGACCUGUAAGAAGUGUAUCUGCCAUCAGUGUGCACUUUGGGGAGGAAUGCAUGGUGGACAUACCUUUAAACCUUUGACAGAAAUUUAUGAGCAGCAUGUCACUAAAGUGAAUGAAGAGGUAGCCAAACUUCGUCGGCGUCUCAUGGAAUUGAUCAGCUUAGUUCAAGAAGUGGAAAGAAAUGUAGAAGCUGUAAGAAAUGCAAAAGAUGAGCGUGUUCGGGAAAUUAGGAAUGCUGUUGAGAUGAUGAUUGCACGGUUAGACACGCAGCUGAAGAACAAGCUUAUAACACUAAUGGGUCAGAAGACAUCUCUCACACAGGAAACAGAACUGUUGGAAUCCUUACUUCAGGAGGUGGAGCAUCAGUUGCGGUCUUGCAGUAAGAGUGAGUUGAUAUCUGAAAGUUCAGAGAUCCUCAUGAUGUUCCAGCAAGUGCAUCGAAAGCCCAUGGCGUCUUUCGUCACCACUCCUGUCCCACCAGACUUUACCAGUGAAUUAGUGCCAUCUUAUGAUUCAGCUACUUUUGUUUUAGAGAAUUUCAGCACUUUGCGCCAGAGAGCAGAUCCUGUUUACAGUCCACCUCUCCAAGUGUCAGGACUUUGCUGGAGAUUAAAAGUUUACCCAGAUGGAAAUGGAGUUGUUCGUGGCUACUACUUAUCUGUCUUUUUGGAACUCUCAGCUGGCCUGCCUGAGACAUCCAAAUAUGAGUAUCGUGUAGAGAUGGUUCAUCAAUCCUGUAAUGAUCCUACUAAAAAUAUCAUUAGAGAAUUUGCAUCUGACUUCGAAGUUGGAGAAUGCUGGGGUUAUAAUAGAUUUUUUCGUUUGGACUUACUUGCAAAUGAAGGAUACUUGAAUCGACAGAAUGAUACAGUAAUUUUAAGGUUUCAGGUUCGUUCACCAACUUUUUUUCAAAAAUGCCGGGAUCAGCAUUGGUAUAUUACUCAGUUGGAAGCUGCACAGACUAGUUAUAUUCAGCAAAUAAACAAUCUUAAAGAGAGACUUACUAUUGAACUAUCGCGAACUCAGAAAUCCAGAGAUUUGUCACCACCAGAUAACCACCUUCGCCCCCAAAACGAUGAUGGCCCAGAGAUGCGAGCUAAGAAGUGUGGGUCAAGCUCUGACAUGCUUCUCGAGGGCAGUCCAGCUGCAGUUUCAGUGAGAGAGGCCAAAGAAGAUGAAAAAGAUGAGAAGAUUCAGAAUGAAGAUUACCAUCACGAGCUCUCCGAUGGAGAUCUGGACCUGGACCUGGUGGGCGAAGAUGAAGUCAAUCACCUUGAUGGCAGUAGUUCCUCAGCCAGCUCCACGGCAACCAGUAACACGGAGGAAAACGACAUCGAUGAAGAAACCAUGUCCGGUGAAAAUGAUGUGGAAUACAACAACAUGGAGCUGGAAGAGGGAGAGCUAAUGGAAGAUGUAGCUGCUGCAGGACCUGCAGGUAGUAGCCAUGGUUAUGUGGGUGCCAGUAGCAGAAUGUCAAGAACAGCUCAUUUAUGCUCUGCUGCUACCAGUAGUUUAUUAGACAUUGAUCCCUUAAUUUUAAUACAUUUGUUGGACCUGAAGGACCGGAGCAGUAUGGAAAAUUUGUGGGGCUUACAGCCUCGCCCACCUGCUUCUCUUUUGCCACCCACAGCGUCAUAUUCUCGAAAAGAUAAAGAUCAAAGGAAGCAGCAGGCCAUGUGGCGAGUUCCCUGUGACUUAAAGAUGCUAAAAAGACUCAAAACUCAGAUGGCUGAAGUUCGAUGUAUGAAAACAGAUAUGAAGAACACACUGUCGGAAAUCAAAAGCUGCAACGCUGCUUGUGGAGACAUGCAGACAAACCUUUUUUCCGCUGACCAGGCAGCUCUUGCUGCAUGUGAAACAGAAAACGCUGGCAGGUUGCAGGAUUUGGGAAUGGAGCUCCUGGCAAAGUCAUCAGUGUCCAGUUGUUGCAUACGGAACUCCACAAGUAAGAAGAGUAAUUCACCCAAGCCAUCUCGGUCCAGUAUAGCAGGUAGCCUAUCACUUCGAAGAGCAGUGGACUCUGGGGAAAAUAGUCGCUCAAAGGGAGACUGUCAAGCUUUGUCUGAAGGGUCCCCAGGAAGCUCACAAUCUGGGAGCAGGCACAGUUCUCCCCGGGCCUUGAUGCAUGGCAGCAUUGGUGAUAUUCUGCCCAAACCUGAAGACCGGCAGUGCAAAGCUUUGGAUUCCAAUGCUGUUGUGGUUGCAGUUUUCAACGGCUUACCUACUGUUGAGAAAAGGAGGAAAAUGGUCAUCUUUGGGGCUAAUGCUAAAGGAGGUCGCCUAGAAGGAAUGCAGAUGACUGAUCUGGAAAACAGUUCUGAAACUGGGGAGUUACAGCCUAUACUGCCUGAAGGAGCUUCCGCUGCCCCUGAAGAAGGAAUGAGCAGCGACAGUGAUAUUGAAUGCGACACUGAGAAUGAGGAGCAGGGAGAGCACAGCUGCAUGGGCGGGUUUAACGAUUCUUUCAUGGCACAGCCUCCAGAUGAAGACACAUGUUCCAGUUUCCCUGAUGGCGAGCAAAUAGGCCCCGAAGAUCUCAGCUUCAGUCGCGAUGAAAACGGUGGAAGGAAACUCGUGGCAGAGAACUGUCAAAACAAAGCGAACAAAACCUGCCUCUCGCCAAGGAGCACCGAGGGUCAGCAUUAACAGUGCCUCAGCUGUGGGUGAGGGAACACCGCCAUGCUACGUUGGGAGAUUUCUUAGGGAAAACUGCCGUGUCCCUGUGGAGCUCCCGGCCCGCUUUAGAGGAAGUGACCGGCUGGAUCAUUCCUGUUUGUCUGGACAAGGCAUCCUGCUGGCAGUAUUAUCUUACUAUUUUCAAAAGAGAUCGUUAAGCCUUUCUCGAGUCAGAACCAAAGAGUGGACUUUGUUUCCUAGCAUCAGUGGGUUUUACAAGCUGCUGGGGAGGGUAAUGAUGAUGGAUGAGUUGUGUGACUAACUUAGGGUUUGAAGAAAAAUUGCCCCAAAUUAUGUGUGAGCAAAACUGCAGUAUCCCAUUAGGGCCUAGCUACUCAACGCUCUUCAAGUGAACAAACGGAAGACCCCGGGGGCACUUUGCCACGGAGCCUCAGGCAGCAGUGGGCCCCAGGUGAUGGGAAGGCGUGCGGACCACAGCGGUGCUCUCGCUGAGGGAACCAGCCCCUCCUCUUCCUGUGCCCGCCCUGGGUGCACUCUCAGCUGUGGGUGCUGUCGGCAUGAAAAUGCAGUGUGGAUGCUAGACCACUAUAAAUGUGGUCGGAACUGGACUCAGCGGGGACGUUGACGUGGUGACAUUAUCCUUGAAAAAGGUGUGACUUUCAAAGAUCCUCCUCGCUUUAGUGAAUUAAGUGCCAGAGUCACGUUCGUCCGACUGAUUCCAGGAUAAUAGAUGGCACUUCUAGGUAAAGAAAAGAUAUGCACACUCGUGUGUCUCUUGCCCAUCGUCCAUAGCAUGAUCCUCAGUGGGAAUGAACAGUCCAGCAUUUGGUGCUGCAAGUUUGCCUCACUCAGGGCUCCCUCGAAAGUACACAUUUCGGAAUCGGGGACUGACUCCCUUUGAAACUCACAGGGAAUGCGCAAGGAGUUCAGAAUGACUGCGUUGGUAGCUUGAAGUCUGAUUCCCUAACCAGUACUGCACAUCCUUGUUGACGUAGGUUUGACUAUUAACUAUUCUAACAAAAUUUGUUUAGCAGGCAAACAUGGAUGCAGAUCAUGUGAAACUGAAAAAGGGCCAACACAGCAGCUCUUGAAGGAUUGAGUGUAGAACUUUCACCAUCACUAAGUUACACAAUGGGUAGAGGUACAAAACACGUAGUUCAAAGACCGUACCUCAGCAUUAACAGUUAAUAUAUAUUAUAUAGGUACUUUUACAUCUGUCUAAUAUUUUUACAGUCACCAGAUACACCAUCAUUAAGUACAAAUUACAGAAAUGUGUAGAUACCAUUAGAGGGGUACUUAUUGCUUACGUCAGCAAGCAGCAAAUAAGGGCACAGGAGUGAACUGAAGGGAACUAAUUCCUGUUAUCACCAGUGGCGUGAAGAUAUAACACUGCAUUUCACAAAGCACUGCUGCUUCUCUGCUUUACAGACCCGAGCAGCAUGUGUCAGACCAGAAACCACUACUUGAAUAUGUAUUAAAGAAUUUUAAAGGACUUAACCUUACAAAUGGUACCUAACUACUCUAUAAAUAUGUAUGUUGUGAACAAAUGAAUAGUUGCUAUUUUUUACAAUAUUGGUUUAUAACCCGACCACGGGAACUACGUUGCUUUAUUUUCUAGAGGGCUAAUGGUAUGAGAAAUGGAGUCAAUACUGCUUACGUUGUCGGAACUACAAAAGCCACACCCUUAGAUACGUGGUCUGUGCCCAUCCCAGGUUCAUCCAACCAGUUUUUCCCCUCGAAGACACCCAUCACUCUACCUCACUUUGCUUUCACCUUGUUGAUUCUGAUCAGAAACAUUACCAAUAACCAGCUAUAGAAAAAGAAGGCAUUUCUUUUCACGUAGCCGAGUGCUUUGGACUAGAACGUGCACCGAUGUUGUAUUGCCUCUGUGUUCUUGUUUUGUAGAUAAUUUGACUUGAAACUAGCCCUGCACCUGCUGGGUGUUAACAAGAUGUAGGCUGCAGAGAGAGACGGAUGUGAGUGAGGUCCAGGGAUGGAGGGAGAGCCGCAGAGUGAUGAGAAGAUUCUAGUUCUAUAAUGGGAGUUACCUUUACUCAAGCUUUUUCAGCCAUGUCACAAGACUUGAGAAAAGAAGAAAUGGCUUCAAAGUCAAGAGAAAAAAUACUGAAGAUCUCUACUUUACAUCCAAAUUUUUAAAAAUAAAGUCUGUAGAUUGAUCUGA